AUGGUCGAGCCACUUCCACCAACCGAGCCGCAAUGGAUCGGUACCAACCACGACGUCUGGACUCACAUCAACUACUUCCCUCGGGAUAUUGGUGGAAUGAUCAGCGCGUCCGCAGUUCCGCCGCCGAAAAGGGCUGAUGGACGGUUACACUCUGGAAGGAUGAUGACCGUCACGAAUAUUUCUGGCCGAGAAAGUGAUUUUCAAAUCGACCGCAACGGCUUCGAAAUUGUCGCCUUGCCGCCCAUGCUGAGAGAUAUGACGACGGAUGCGCUGAUUGAAAGUCGUUUCUACCCCGAGCUGGAGUCAGUCAUCAAGAGCCACACUGGAGCCUCGUCUGUCUUUCCCCUAGGCCACGUAUUACGUCGACCUACCAACGAAAUCUUCCAAGAGAAAAAGGACACGGAACGGUACAACCGAUAUGGAGCCAUUUUCCCUCACUGCGAUGGUCCUGUAGCAGUUCCAGAACGGCUGCAACAACUCAAAGAACUUGCCAUGCAAAGUCCCGCUGUCAUCAAAAACGACCAUGCCAAAACCGUGGACAAAGCAGCUUCACGCUGGGCGAUGAUACAAAUUUGGAAACCUUUAAACACCGUCGAGUGCGAUCCCUUGGCCAUUUGCGAUGUGUUGUCCUAUCAAGACUCCGACUGGCGACUGCGUCUGACGCCCUCACCCAGUACGGGAUACUCGGUUCUCACGCACCCUGAUGGCCCGGAAAUGCAUCGUUGGUACUAUGUACAUGGUAUGACACCCGAACAGAUGUUCUUGUUCAAGGGGUGUGAUAGUAGGCAAGGUCAGCCAGGUUUCACUGGCUAUGCUGGGGCACACACGGCCAUUACUGUGCCGGAUUCGAAUGAGAAGUCUUUCAGGGAGAGUAUUGAGGCUCGAUUCUUGUGCUUUUGGGUGGAAGAAGGAGAAGAAGAAGCAGAUCAACAGUCGGUACGAUAA